AUGUUGAAAGAGAGCUUUGAAGUGAAAGAUCUGGGAGAAGCAAAGUUUAUGCUUGGCAUCCAGAUAACUAGAACAGCAAAUGGUUAUUCUCUAGAUCAAUCUAGCUACAUAGAGAAGAUCUUGAAGAAAUAUUACUAUUUCGACUGUAAACCUGCGUGUACUCCGUAUGACGCUAGUGUAAAGCUAUUUAAGAACACUGGAGACAGUGUAAGACAAUCAGAAUAUGCUAGCAUCAUUGGCAGUCUCCGUUAUGCAGCGGAUUACACUCGACCAGACAUUGCAUAUGUCGUGGGAUUGCUUGGAAGGUUUAACAGUUGUCCUAGUAGAGAGCAUUGGAAUGCUAUAGAGAGGGUCAUGAGAUACCUCAAGAGAACAGCAAACCUUGGUAUACACUAUCAAAGGUUUCCUGCUGUACUAGAAGGGUAUAGUGAUGCGGAUUGGAAUACCCUAUCAGAUGACUCCAAGGCAACCAGCGGGUAUGUUUUUAACAUCGCUGGUGGAGCUGUAUCUUGGAAGUCAAAGAAACAAACAAUCCUAGCUCAAUCAACUAUGGAAUCAGAGAUGAUAGCACUAGCAACGGCUAGUGAAGAAGCAAGUUGGUUGAGAGGAUUGUUGUCAGAGAUUCCCCUAUGGGAAAGACCGGUCCCUCCGGUAUUGAUCCAUUGUGAUAGUACCGCAGCUAUCGCUAAAGUUGAGAACCGGUUCUAUAACGGAAAGAAACGACAGAUUCGUCGUAAGCACAAUACUGUAAGAGAACUCCUAACGAUAGGAGCAGUGAGGGUGGAUCAUAUAAGAUCCGAACAGAAUCUAGCUGAUCCUUUGAUGAAAGGAUUACCUAGAGAGAAAGUCCAUAAUACCGCCAAGGGUAUGGGACUUAUGCCUACCGAACCACGGACUACAAGUGAUGGUAACCCGACCCAACAGACUGGAGAUCCCAAGAAAUGGGUUCAAUGA